CAACCACGGACUGGUACAGGUUGAGCUUGGGUGAGAUAACUGCGAUGAAAAGAUGCCCGUCUGCUGGCUCAUCAGCAAGGAACAACAGCAUGAACCAAUUCUGCUUCCCCAUCUUAAGCCAGUUAUCUUGGGUCGAGGUCCAGAAACGACUAUUAAGGACAAAAAAUGCUCCAGACAGCAAGUGGAAUUGAAAGCAGAGUGCAACAAAAGGUAUGUCAAUGUUAAACAGCUGGGGGGGAACCCCACCAGUGUAGACUCUAUUGUGGUGGGCAAAGGCAACGAGGUGAAAAUGAAGCCUGGGCAGCACCUCCUGAUAGUCAAUCAGCUCUACCCAUACACUGUACAGUUCAAAGAGGAUCCCAAUAGGGGCCAUGUGGGCACCAAGAGACGUCAGCCUGCAUCAGAGGAGAGAGAAAAUGAUAAAAAGGCUUCAAGUAUUAAAGUAGCCAGACCGGCAGAAAGGGUCGCCUCUUCAGUCAACAAUGCAGAAUCCACAUUGACCAUUGAAACAACUGGACAUUGGAGCCUUGGAUUGAAGGCCUCAAUGCAAGACCCAAAGAUGCAGAUUUAUAAGGAUGAAAGAGUGGUGGUAAUCAAAGACAAGUACCCUAAAGCUCGCUACCACUGGUUAGUCCUUCCUUGGGAAUCAAUUCCCAGCCUCAAGGCAUUACAUGGGGAGCAUUGUGACCUGUUGAGGCACAUGCAACAAGUUGCUGACAAGAUGAUUCAACAGUGUAAAGAUGCCAGUUCAUUACGCUUCCGCAGUGGCUACCAUGCCAUCCCUAGCAUGAGUCAUGUACACCUUCAUGUGAUAAGCCAAGACUUUGACUCUCCCUGUCUAAAGAAUAAGAAGCAUUGGAAUUCAUUCACAACUGACUAUUUCAUAGAAUCUCAAGAUGUCAUUCAGAUGCUUGAAAAAAAUGGAAGGGUCACAGUCAAAGAAGGGGCUGGUGAGUUGCUGAAGCAACCUCUCUCUUGUCAUGUGUGUCAUAAAGAGCUCCCCACUUUACCAAGGCUAAAGGACCACCUGAAAUCCCAUUUUCCCUAAGUAAAAAUGGGACAUCAUGCUAUGUGUCCCACCAUGUCUUUCUGGACUUGAACACAGGGAAAUUAUGUAUUGAAUACUUUAAUCUUUUUUGUUAUGUUUUUUAAGCGCAUGUAACAGGAUUACUCAUACUUAUUCAGGGCAACGGUCUUUUGGGUGGAAAGGAAAAUGAAUUCAAAGUUAAAAAGUCUUAAUCAAAAUACCAUUUUCAGCAUUAAUGGCAUUUUAUUUGCUCAUUUAUUGGUUUAUUUGAAAAGAAGACCCUCAUGAUUGUACAUCAUGUCAUGUUAAUUAUUGCCCCUUAUAGUGUGUACCAUGUUUAUUUGCCAGGGCAAUAUUGGGACUGCAUUUAAUGUUCCUAUGUUUUAAAGUUUGAAAAAGUUGUGUUAGAUGUUUUGUUAGAGCUUGAUAAUAUUUUUUGUGAUUUAACAUUGUAUCAAAUUUUUUUCAUAGAGCUCGUUUUUUUUUCUUAAAUAGGAGAAAGUACAUCUGUGUUGCUUAUAAAAAAAUCUAAAAUAAAGAGGAGAGAAUGUGUGAACCUAUAUUGUAAAUGGAUAUGGGAGACACACAAAAUACUUAUUUUUUAAAUCCUUGUGGAAAUGUGCC